AAUUAGACUUUAUUAGACUUUGACACUAAACCAAUUGUACUUUUCAAUUUUUAUUUUUAAACCAACAAAAAAAAAAAAAACGGAGAGGGAGAGGGAGAGCGAGUUCCUCACACAGCCUUGAAGCUUUCAAAUCCCAAAUCUCCCUUUCUCCGUAUAGAUCUGGGUAUCGCUAAUUGGGUUCGGAACUCUUUCUUAUUCUCUCUCAAUCUUUUCCUCUGGAUAUGAGGCGGAGACCCGCGGAGUUUCGGCGCCCGGUGAGGCGGCGGCUGUUCUCGAAUGUUCUGUGGUGGCCUCUCUGUGCUGUGGCGGUUUUGCUUUUCAUUUAUGUUUUGAGCAAAGGGAAUCAGAUUGAGUCCAGGCCCGCCAUUUCAAGGAGAUCUUUCCGGCAUGACAGAAUCAUGGAAGGUCUUAAUGUUACUGAAGAAAUGUUGAACCCUAACUCAGUGGCGAGGCAGAUAAGCGACCAAAUUUCGCUUGCAAAAGCUUUUGUUGUGAUUGCCAAAGAAAGUAACAAUCUUCAGUUUGCUUGGGAGUUGAGUGCCCAGAUCCGCAAUUCACAGUUUCUCCUCUCAAAUGCUGCAUUAAGGAGAGCUCCAUUGACAGUUGGAGAAUCAGAAGGCACUAUCCAUGACAUGGCUAUUCUACUUUAUCAAGCCCAGCAAUUCCAUUAUGAUAGUGCUACAAUGAUUAUGAGACUGAAAGCCAAAAUCCAAGGUCUUGAAGAACAGAUGAGCUCUGUGAAUGAGAAGAGUUCGAAAUAUGGACAGAUAGCAGCUGAAGAAGUUCCAAAAAGUUUAUACUGCCUUGGCGUCCGUUUGACUACUGAAUGGUUUAGAGACUCAAGUUUACAGAGGAAAUUCAAGGAUAGAAAACAAAUGGAUAUGAAACUUAAAGAUAACAAUCUCUACCAUUUCUGUAUCUUCUCUGACAAUAUCCUUGCUACUUCAGUCGUGGUCAAUUCAACUGCUUUAAAUUCCAAAAGUCCUGAAAAGGUUGUCUUCCAUCUGGUUACUGAUGAAAUAAAUUAUGCAGCGAUGAAAGCUUGGUUCUCCAUGAACAGUUUCCGAGGAGUGACUGUUGAGGUCCAAAAGUUUGAAGACUUUACUUGGCUAAAUGCUUCUUAUGUCCCUGUUCUUAAACAGCUCCAAGACUCUGAAACUCAGAACUAUUACUUUUCUGGCAGUAGUGUCGAUGCUCGAACUCCUAUUAAGUUUCGGAAUCCCAAAUAUUUGUCCAUGCUGAACCACCUCAGGUUUUAUAUUCCUGAAGUUUUCCCUGCACUGAAGAAGGUUGUUUUCCUUGACGAUGACAUUGUUGUUCAAAAGGAUCUGUCUGGUCUUUUCUCCCUAGAUUUAAAUAACAAUGUCAAUGGAGCUGUGGAGACAUGCAUGGAGACAUUUCAUAGAUACCAUAAAUACUUGAACUACUCUCAUCCUCUUAUAAGAUCACACUUUGAUCCCGAUGCCUGUGGAUGGGCAUUUGGGAUGAAUGUAUUUGAUUUGGUUGAGUGGAGAAAAAGGAAUGUUACCGGAAUAUACCAUUAUUGGCAAGAGAGGAACGUUGACCGAACGUUGUGGAAACUCGGUACAUUGCCUCCUGGGUUAUUGACAUUCUAUGGGUUGACACAGCCUCUGGAUCCCUCAUGGCAUGUAUUGGGAUUGGGAUAUACAAAUGUUGAUCAUCAGUUGAUAGAGAAGGGUGCUGUGUUGCAUUUCAAUGGGAACUCAAAGCCAUGGUUGAAGAUUGGAAUAGAAAAGUACAAGCCCCUUUGGGAGAAAUAUGUUGAUUAUACUCAUCCAUUACUGCAAGGCUGCAAUUUCCACUGAUUUUGGACAAUGAAAAUUCCAUUAGGAAUGUUAGAUAAGUUCCAAGACGAGGUUGGUGCACGGUAAUAUCUCUAAUUUUUGGAGGUUUGAGGGGAUGCUUGUACGAUUUUUGCUAUGUCAAGCAUGGCUAGCAGUUGCAAGAGGGAAUUGUAGUUGGUUUUCUGGUCCUAAUAUGUAGUGUAAUAGAUCAAUUAUUUCAUCUGAACUAUUCAAAAUUGUUAAUGCUUUUCUCUGCUCCUAAAGCUGAAAACGUUCACUUUUUAGUUGAGAAUUAGGAUAAAUAUGUCUAAUAAUAAAAAAAAGUGGACUAAUAUUAUUAUUUUA